AUGGUACGUCUUAAACGAAUCACAACUAUCGACUCCUCCUUCCUUGGAUUAUUCACAACUCCCGCCAUUUAUGAAUUGAAUUCCUCCCUCCAAAAGCUGCAGGUGCAACCCACACACCACCACCUACAACAACUCAUCCUCUCUCAUUUCUCAAAUACAAAUAACAAUCCACAUUCUUCACAAACAUACGCCACACUCUUCCACGCCUGCGCCCGCCUUCAUCGUCUCGACAUUGGCCAAAAACUCCACCACCACUACACACUUUCCCAUCACCUAAUCACACCACAUCAACAAAAACUCUACACCAUCAAUCAUCUCCUUAACAUGUAUGCUAAAUGUGGUGAUCUAGAAUAUGCACACCACCUGUUUGAUCAAAUGCUCCACAGAAACAUUGUUUCCUGGACUUGUCUUAUUUCCGCCUACGCUCAAUACGGAAACACUGAUCAAUGUUUUCGCUUAUUUAACAAGAUGUUAACUCAUUAUACCCCUAAUGAUUUUGCUUAUGCUAGUGUUCUAUCUGUUUGUGAUACCAGUACAUCGCGUGGUAGGCAAGUACACGCGCUUGUAAUGAAAACAGGUUUUGAUACGUGUGUUUAUGUGUGUAAUGCUUUGAUUGCAAUGUACUCAAGGCAUAGUGGAAGUACGGAGGCUUGGAAGGUUUUUAAUGAUAUGGAGUUUCGGAAUAUUGUUUCAUGGAAUACAAUGAUAGCGUUGUUUCAAAUAUGUGGACAAGGUGAUAAGGCUAUGAGAUUUUUCUCCUUGAUGCAUCGUGAUAGUUGUUUGGGGUUUGAUCGAGCUACUCUUGUUAGUGUACUUUCUUCUCUAUUAGGACAGGAUGAAAUUGAUUUUUCCUGGGGUCUUCGAAGUUGCUUUCAAUUGCAUUGUGUUAGUGUGAAAACCGGGCUUAUACUAGAUGUUGGGAUUGUGACUGCUUUGGUGAAAGCUUAUUCGAUUCUCCAGGGAGAGGUUAGUGAUUGUUACAAAUUGUUUCUGGAAACAAAUGGAUGUCAAGAUCUCAUGUUGUGGACUGAAAUAAUUGUGGCGUUUUCGGAAAGGGAUCCUGAGAAAGCUAUUCUCCUUUUUGGUCAGUUGCUCCGAGAGGGGUUAAGUGUAGAUAGUUAUGCUUUUUCUAUUGCACUGAAAGCUUGUGCGGGACUCUUGACAGAUAGAAAUGCCUUGAUGGUGCACUGUAAAGUGGUUAAAUCUGGUUUUGUGGAUGCUCUAGUGCUUGGAAAUGCAUUAAUUCAUGCAUAUGCAAGGUGUGGCUCAAUAUCUCGGGCCAGUCAGGUUUUUGAGGAGAUGAGGUACAGAGAUAUAGUGACAUGGAAUUCCAUGUUGAAGGCUUAUGCAUUGCAUGGCAAAGCAAAUGAAGCAUUGGGACUUUACGGUAAAAUGGAUGUGAAACCUGAUGCAGCCACUUUUGUUGCUCUGCUUUCAGCUUGCAGCCAUGCUGGAAUGGUGCAAGAAGGGAUUCAAAUUUUUGAUGCUAUGUUUGCAAAACACGGUAUUGUUCCUCAACUUGAGCAUUAUGCAUGUAUAGUUGAUAUUGUUGGCCGAGCAGGUCAUAUUUUUCAGGCGGAGAAAAUAAUAAAAGAAAUGCCCAUGCAACCAGAUUAUGUGGUGUGGAGUGCAUUUCUUGGAGCAUGCCGCAAACAUCGUGAAUCUGGGCUCGCCCAAAUAGCUGCAUCUCAGCUGAAGGAGUUAGAUCCAGAAAAUUCAUUAGGAUAUGUACUCAUGUCUAAUGUAUACUGCUCAAACCAUAGCUUCAAUGAAGCAGGUCAUCUUAGGAAGCAAAUGAGAGGGCUUGGUGUUACAAAGCAGCCUGGAUUGAGUUGGACAGAUCUUGGUUGAAGGAGUUUGAUCCAGAAAAGUCAUGAGGAUAUGUACUCAUGUGAAAUGUAUACUGCUCAGCCCAUAGCUGCGAUGAAACAGGUCAUCUUAGGAAGCAAAUGAGAGGGCUUGGUGUUACAAAGCAGCCUGCAUUGAGUUGGACAGAUCUUGAUUGAAGGAGUUUGAUCCAGAAAAGUCAUGAGGAUAUGUACUCAUGUGAAAUGUAUACUGAUCAGCCCAUAGCUGCAAUGAAACAGGUCAUCUUAGGAAGCAAAUGAGAGGGCUUGGUGUUACAAAGCAGCCUGCAUUGAGUUGGACAGAUCUUGAUUGAAGGAGUUUGAUCCAGAAAAGUCACGAGGAUAUGUACUCAUGUGAAAUGUAUACUGCUCAGCCCAAUGAAACGGGUCAUCUUAGGAAGCAAAUGAGAGGGCUUGGUGUUACAAAGCAGCCUGGAUUGAGCCAUUGGGGUUUUGGUGCAUGAGUUUGCUUCCGGAGGCCUGCAACAUCCGGACAGGAGAGAUAUACACUAAUAUGGAGUUCUUUGUGAAAGAACUGAAACAUAUUGGUUACAUUAUCACAACAACAAUAAUAUACCUAGUGUGAUCCCACAAGUGAGGUCUGAGGAGGGUAGAGUGUAUGCAAGACCAAUCCUCCGUAGUUGAAGCUGAAUCGAGAACAGGGACCAACAUCUCAACGAAAGAGGUUAGAUGUGGCAAAUCAGCUGCCGUCCCUCAAAGAAAGGGAAUCAAUGAAUCCAAAGCAAGGUGCGGAGAAGGCUUGGUUGAAGGCAAAAUUUGGUGUAAUUCGCGAUUUUUUAAGAAAAGAAAAGCAGGUUAGGAAGUCUUGCUUACUUAUUUCUCCAUCUAAGUAAGAGAAGACCUUACCACCACCUAGUGCGAGGUAGAGAGGCCGUUCCUGAUAGACCUUCGUCUCAAGAAAAGCAUUUUCAAAAAUAGGUUUGAAAGAUACAAAAGUGAAGAAGCGCCCAAUGAAACUCCCGGAAAGUAGCAUGACAUACAAAAUGCAGAAACAAGGAAAAACUUGUGACUAUACAGAAUGCAUAAAAGAGGCACACUUCAUGUCCGGAUUGUGCACACUUGAAACGGCAAGGACUGAUAAAUUCUGGUAAUAUUGAUUCAUUUUCUCUCUAUGGCUUUCUAGCACAGAUACUAUUUUUUAAAAAUAACUAGGCAUUGUUGAAUUGAGUGCAGCACCCAAGAUUGAAUAUCCAAAUGAUUUCACAGCAUUUGUUAUCCUUGUUUCUGUAUUUUGCUUACAUUGGUCAAUGAUUUAUAGUAUUAGCUGGCUUAUGGACUUCCAAUAUAGGGUAUAUUUGUUUCGAAAAGAUUCUGAAUCGCUACAUGUAUUAAACUAUGAACACAUUUUAUCCUGCCUUGUAUUUGAUUGUUUGAUUAAUUGUGAACUGAUGAAUAUUUUCAAUUUCU